UUUUGGUGGAAAACAUGCAGAUUAAUGGCCGGGCCCAGGACCCGGGCAGAACCAUCUCGCUGACGCUACUUGACAACUAUGAUUACUGGGUUAUACUAGAACCAGCACGGCAGAGACUUUAUCUCAACAGCACUGGGCGCCAUCUGGACAGAGAUCCACCUAAUUACAUCACAACCAUUGUGGUCCAGGUCCAAUGCACCAAUGAGCUGGUUGGUACGGUUAUUUUACACGAAGUUCGAAUUGUUGUGAGGGACAAGAAUGACAACAGCCCCCAAUUUCAGCAGCCACGCUACUAUGUUUCAAUAAACGAGCUCACACCAGUUGGAACGACCAUUUUCACAGGCUUCUCAGGAAAUAAUGGUGCAACAGACAUUGAUGAUGGGCCAAAUGGACACAUAGAAUACAGCAUCCUUUACAAUCCCGAUGAUCCGGUAUCUAACACCACAGUAAGGGUUGGAAACACGCUUUCAGGGCAUAUUCUUCUGGCUGAGAGGCUAAAUUAUGAGGACAAAACUCGCUACCUGGUAUUGGUCCAAGCCAGUGACCGUGCCCCAUACCCACCAAACAGACUAACAGCUACCACAACUCUGACCGUGGAUGUCUUAGAUGGUGAUGACCUGGGUCCGAUGUUUCUGCCUUGUAUUUUAGUGAACAACACCCGUGACUGCAACCCCCUCACCUACCGUGCUGCUAUCCCUGAAUUUACUGAACCGACUAAACUGAACCCACUGAAUGUGACCCCACCUAUCAGGGCUGUGGACAUGGACAGAAACAUACAGCCCCCGUCAGACAGACCUGGAAUUCUUUAUUACAUCCUGGUCGGUCAACCAAACACAUAUCCAGAGUAUUUCUCCCUGAACCGGACCACUGCAGAGUUGCGUGUUCUGAAACCAAUUAGCAGGGACCUGUAUCAGAGGUUCACGCUUAUCAUAAAGGCAGAACAAGACAAUGGACAUCCCCUACCAGCUUAUGCCGACCUCAUUAUUGAAAUCCUGGAUGAGAACAACCAGGCGCCAUACUUCCAGUUCGCCACCUAUCAAGGAUACGUGAGCGAGUCCUCGCCAGUGGGUACAACUAUCUCUGCCAGUGCCAACCUCACGGCUCCUCUGGGAAUCAUUGCUUUGGAUAAUGACAUUGAGGAGACCAAAGACCCCAUGGUGAAGAUUACCCUGGAUGACUACACCACAAUUUUCAGCCUGACCCCAACUGGUAUAAUCCGCUACCUGAGGAUCCUGAAACCUGUGGACCGGGAGCAGCAGAUGACUUAUACUUUCACGAUGGUGGCAUCAGAUGGUGUCCAGCAGAGUAGCCCAGUAACUGUCAACAUCCUGGUUAUUGAUGCCAAUGACAAUACGCCCACGUUUGCUCAGGUUUCCUACAGCGUUGAAGUCUUUACAGACAUGCAGCCGGGGGAGACGGUGCUACAGUUAACUGCUGCAGAUGCUGAUGAAGGACUGAAUGGUCUGGUGACGUAUGAGAUUCUAGCAGGUGCCCAAGGACAUUUCGUUAUUAAUAAUCGCUCUGGACGCAUCACUGUGGCACCGGGUGUCAUGUUAACUGUGGGACGAUCUUAUGCACUGACGGUCAAAGCCUCUGAUAAUGCACCAGACUCCCAGAGAAGGAGCUCCAUCACUACUGUCUAUAUUGAGGUUUUACCACCCAACAACCAGAGUCCCCCACGCUUCCCCCUCCUCACCUACAACCUAGAGAUCAGUGAGGCCAUGAGGAUUGGAGCUAUUCUCCUCAAUCUACAGGCAACAGACAGAGAAAAUGAUCCUAUCACAUAUCGGAUUGUAAGCGGGGAUUCCCAGCAGGUUUUCAACCUCUCUGAAACGAUUGGCCUUUUACUCCUGGGUAAGCCUCUGGACCGAGAGACCACAGAUCAGUACCGUCUGAUUGUCACCGCUUCAGACGGCAACCCUGGAGGGACAUCUACUACUACUGUGAGCAUAGUGGUGACUGAUGUCAAUGAUAACGACCCAAAAUUCAACAUCACCCUCGGCACCAACUUCACUGUUCAAGAAGAGCAAGCCAAUCUGUUUGUUGGACAAGUCAGAGCCACUGAUCCAGAUGCAGGAGCCAACGGUCAGGUUUACUACAGGAUUGUCAAUCAUCCAGACUUGUUUGUAAUCAGUGCCAACGGAAGCAUCUACACAAGACGACCUCUAGACAGGGAGUUAAUGAAUCACUAUAGCCUGAUAGUUGAGGCCUCCGAUGGGGCGGUAGACCCUAGAAGAACCACCAUAACUCUCUCAGUCCAGGUUCUGGAUAUAGAUGACAACAGCCCAGUCUUCUCACAGCAAGACUAUGUGGUGAAUGUACCUGAGAACAGCCCUGUGGGGACUGUGAUUCUAAAACUAAGUGCUGUGGAUGCAGACACCUUCUCCAACAUCACAUACCGCAUCAAGACUGAGUCAGCCAGGCAGCUGUUCUCUCUUAAUCCUAUCACUGGGGAGCUAGCUGUGCUGCAGACCCUGGAUUUCGAGGGCCUGGCAGCUAUGGGGAUGGGGACUUCUUACACUUUCCAGGUAGAAGCUGUCGACCAAGGAGCACUAAUGCCACCGGGACUGGCUACUGUCACAGUCCGCAUCACAGACAUGAAUGACUUCUCGCCCAUCUUCAGUCAAGACCUGUACAAGGGCUUGGUGGCACCCAAUGCAGAGAAGGGAACAGUCAUCACCACUGUUUUUGCUGAAGACCAAGAUCCACCAGGAACACCAGCCAGUUUUGUACGCUACAGAGUGGAUCUGGAAAAGUCACCGUACAGCGGGAGCAUCUUUGAUGUAGAGGAGGACACUGGCAGAGUCAUCACCAAGGUCAACCUCAAUGAAGAGCCAAGUGUCACCUUUAAGCUUUUCGUGAUUGCCUUUGACAAUGGGGAGCCGGUGAAGUCAAACAGUACUUUGGUGGAGAUCACGGUCCUUCAGCCCUCUCUCAUCCCGAUCUUCACCGAAGAAGAGUACAGGUUUCCCCCAGUUAAAGAACUGUCGCCAGUUGGCACUGCAGUGGGGACUAUUUUAGCCGCCGCUAUGAAUCAAGCCAUCUUCUACUCCAUUGUUGGAGGAAACGAACUAGGUCACUUCAAAGUGAACAGCAGCACAGGUGUCAUCUCCAUUGCCAAACCCCUGGACUAUGAGAAUGUCACCAGCUACACCCUCAGGGUACAGGCAGAUUCCUUGGGAGUUGUCAUGUCCAACCUACGUGUGCCAUCUAAAACCAAUACAGCCAAGGUGUUCAUUGAAAUACAGGACGAAAAUGACCACCCUCCCGUCUUCUCCAGGAAGCUCUACAUAGGCGGUGUGACUGAAGACACCAAGAUAUUCAGCUCUGUCCUCAAAAUAGUGGCCACUGACAAGGACACUGGAAACUUCAGCGCCAUGGCAUACCGCCUAAUUAUACCUCCCACAGCAGAGGGUCAGGACAGCUUUGUCAUUGAGGCCUACAGUGGAAUCAUUAAGUCAGCCAUCAUGUUUCGAAACAUGCGCAGGUCCUACUUCAAGUUUGAAGUUAUUGCCACUGAUAACUACGGGAAAGGUUUCAGCAGCAGUGCUGAAGUUGUGGUUUCUGUAGUCAACGCGUUAGACAUGCAGGUUGUGGUCUCAACUGUCCCUCCCACUUUAGUGGAAGAGAACAAGGAGGAGCUCAUUAGAAUCCUGGAGCGGCAUGUCCAGGACCAGAUUCCCGGUGCCAAAGUGAUUGUGGAGUCCAUCGGACCACGCCGCCACGGCGAUGGCUUUGAACUAGAAGACUACUCCAAGUCAGAUCUAAUGGUGUAUGCCAUUGACCCACUGACAAACAGAGCCAUUUCACGGCAGGAGCUCUUCAAGUUUCUUGACGGCAACGUCCUGGAGAUCAAUAAAGAGUUCCAACCAUAUCUGGGUGAGGGUGGCCGCAUCCUUGAGAUCCGCUCACCAGACAUUGUGGCCAGUGUGAAGAAGGCUGCUCAAGCUGUGGGCUACACAGAGGGAGCGCUCCUGGCCCUGGCCAUCAUCAUCAUCCUCUGCUGCAUCCCUGCCAUCCUCAUCGUCAUGGUCACCUACAAACAGUUCAAAGAGCGGCAAGCGGAGUGUGCCAAAACUGCCAGGAUCCAGAUGGCUUUGCCACCAGGAGGGAAAGCAGCUCCAGCCGCUGCCCCCACCGCUAACCUCUACGAAGAGCUGGGCGACAGCAGCAUGAGGCGUGGCCCUGGCAGACAGCAACAACAACUGCUGAGGCCAUCUCUUCUGAGACCAGAGGCACUCUCCAUGGAGUCAGGCAUCGACCCAGGCCAAGACUACUAUAAUUAUGACCAAGGAUAUGACUUUCCACAAUAUGGAAGUCGCAGGAGGCUGAUAUCUCCAAUGUAUGAUGAAUAUGGUGAGGUGAUCAUGGAGGAUGAUGGAUAUUACUACGGCCCAGAGCCUGGAAGAAAGAAGUGGAUCAAGCUUGUGGUUGAUCGGGAGAACGAGAGCAGUUCUACUGGAGAAGAAAGCACUACAGAAAGUCAGCAGAACAGACUUCCCAACAGUCACAGCAACAUAAAUGGGAAUAUCUACCUCGCACAGAAUGGCACUAUUGUCCGAACCAGGAGGCCAGCCCAUCUAAAUAACCUGAAGAUGGGCUCUCCUUGCCGGCUGAGUAAGCAUUUCAAAAAACUUGACAAGUUAGGUGUGACUCAUGAGGAACCCUCUCCUGCUGUUGGCAAUGAGGUUUCAGAAAACAAGAUGGAAAAUGGAACGAGCUCGUGUGUACAUUCUAACAAGGACGUAAACCUCAACACUCUGUCCUCUUGCGGUUCUUUGGGGUCCACCAUUACAAAUCUAAAAACCUUUGGGUCCAAAACCAGUAUUGCCAAGGCCAUAAUUGACAGUGGGCAGAGUGUCAGCGGGGAGCAAGAGACAUCUGUUGACAACCACAAGAACAGCAAAGAAACACUGGAGUCACACAGUGACCACACAUUAUCAGAUGAAGAAGAACUGUGGAUGGGACCCUGGAACAACCUGCACAUACCUAUGACAAAACUAUGACUGGGCAUGUAUGAAUUGAAACCCCAUUUUUGUUUAUGCUCUUUUUUCCCCCCAUAUUGUUAAGAAAAUCAACAAGCAAUGUGUGUCUUAGCUGGAAAGGCUCCAUUCACUGACAGGUGGUUGCACAUAAAAGCAUAUUUUACUGAUAGAAUAUGAUAAAGCUUACUAGUACCAAACUUUGAUUAUUGGCAGGGCUACAACAGGUAAAGGCAGUGAAUGCCUCAAACAACUUGUGAAUUUUAUGUCAUAUCAUGUUUGACUGUAAUUUGAGCUCUUCAGUGAAAACACGUUUUUUAAAACAGAGUUGUUUGUUGUUAUUCUGAUUUUAAUUCUUAAACACAAGUGAUUAUUAGUCAUCCCAAUCUGUUGCUGAAGAUAUUUUGAGAGAAAUAUCGGUGAUCAAAUGGAGAAAUUGUAAUUCUGAAGUCAAAUCAACAUAUUUUGCUAUUUGUAUUUUACUUGCAAAUAACCUAGAAUGUCAUUGAUUAUUUAAUGUUGUGAUCACUUGAAAAUGUUUUUAAAAAUUUCUGAACAAUAUAUUAAAUUAUUUUUGUCUAUUUUAUAUCUAAGAGAGAUGAAGAAUUUAAAAUAUGAUAUUAAAGAAUAAAUAUAUAAACAUGACUUCCAUUGCUGAAUUUCAACAGUGAAAUGGGGCAAUGCUGUCGUGGUGUUUUUUAUAUGGACAUUUGUACUUAAAGAAUGUCGUAUUUUCAAGCCUUUACAUGAUGCAGUUUCACUCUGUUCUUGUUAUAAGUAUAGGGCACCGAAAUUGAUAUUAUAUUGAACAAUAAAGCUCUAAUCUAAAUGCCUGUGUUUAGAGAGUUAUAACUGCAAAUAUGCAUUGGUUCUCCAAUUUUGUGUUGCACUUAAUGUGAAAAUUACUAAAUAUAUGGAUGAUGCUAAAAGCUUUUCACAAUCUUAAGGACAUUUUAGAUUAUUAACUCGCUGUUCUCCAACAAUGAUAAUUAAAUGAAACAGUUGCAGCAGAAAGCUGGAGUUAUCUUAUUGUUGUUUCCAAACAGAGGCUCAGCAGAAUGAAGCCUUCUUAUUUGAGUGGCCUUUCACUGUAAAGAAAAACAAUGAAAGGUCACCUAACAUUCAUAUGGAGAUGUGCUAUGUAUCUGAAACAUGUCUGAAAAUUCCAAUAUAAAGUUCUCAUCCUCUCCUGAUAAACAGGCAAAAGGAGGAAAAAAAGUGUUCAUAAUGCAAUUAUAUAAAAAAAUGCUAAAACAGAAAUAUUUUGGCAUUCAGAUAAACCAUCAGACUCUAUUGGUUUAUCAGAGUGGCAUAUAAAAGAUAUACCUAAUGACAUUUACAAAAGGUUCUGUACAGUCAAUCACACGUCAAGAAUGUCUGUCAGCAUUGCAAACGACAGACUGCUGUUCAAAAAGAGGAUCAGGAGCUGAAUGCCAGAAUAAAAAAUAUUGAAUACAUUCUCAAAUAUGUCAGCAGCAAUUUCUGUCCACUGCAACAGAACUUGAUUCAUAUAGAAGCCACACAAAGUUUGCUUUUCAGUCAAACUGGAGUUUUUGUUAUAAAUACCCACAUUAUUAAUUUAAGUAUUUAUAAAGAAAGCUUUCUUAAAUUCAAGUUAGAUAUCAUCUGAAAUGUUCUAUUCAAUUUCAAUUUUGCUAUAUCAGGCAGCAAGACUGUCUGUGCUCCCAAUACAAGCUUUCUAGUAGAAACAUUAGAAAAGCUCAAAAUUAUUAGUUAUUCAGUAACAUCUCAGCUGUAAUCAGAACCUGGUGCAAGUUCAUCAUGGGUGCUCAGAAUACAAAUGAACUCAAGUGCAACUCCUUAGUUUGCUUUGUGUUGUUGUUGUUGCUCAGCAAAGAUGGAAGUACUUCUUCUGUGGGGGUUUUAGAGAAAUUUGAUACCUUUCCAUGUAUCAGUGUUGUUCUAUUCGGAAUAAAGCCAGGUGCAUAUAAACACACAUGAUCAGAUUAAUUGAUUGUGUAACCAUAUAAACGACACAAUCUGAUUAUUUUAACCUGAAUAUAUUUAAAUCCAAUCAUGACAUUUUGUGCAUAUAAUCAUAGUUAUAGACUUGCAGCAUUCACUCCUCCUGAAAGAGUGUGUAGCCACAAUGGACAAUGGUCGUCUGCAUUGUGUCGUUGACUUUGCAGCAAUCCCUCAUACCGUACAGGCAUGUAGCAACAAUACAUCUACCUGGAUGUAUUGAAGUUCAGAGUGUAAAUGAAACCUGUGCUAUUAAGUUGCAAAAGUUAAUAUACAGUUUCCUCUUUUGUAGUUAAUAAAGUGGCUAACUACCACACCUCAGCCACUUUCACUGGGACACCCAAUAGUUAGUGUUGCUGACUCCUCAUUUAAGAAUGAAGCAAUUGGCUGCCUGAAAAGUCACUGAAAGUUGCUAAUUAAUGCCAUUAGUUGAUUUGCAUAAUUGCCCAUGUGCAUGUAAUUGAAACCGGUACUGUUUUCACAUUUUUCAGGUGUUUAGAUUUUGAAUUUAUUUUGUGUUUUUAGUAUGUCCUUGUUGUUUAUUUGUGUUGAUUAAUGUGUUGACAUUUUGUUUCAUGCUUUUUUGUUCAGUUUUAUGGUUUAUUGUGUUCUCUUCUUUGUACAUUUAGUAUUAUAUCUGUACUUUUCUGUUUAUCCUUUCCUCUUGGUUGAUAGUUUCCAUGUGUGUUAGUUUAGCUUAUUAUAUGUUCAUUAGUUUCUCUCCCUCAGCUUCCUCGCUUUCCUUCUGCCACAGCUGCUCCACUUCUCUUCUGAUUGCUACUCAGGUUUGUUUCUCAUUUCUCCACCCAUGCAUCUGUAUUUACGCUCACUGCUUGUCAUUGCUCCUCACUGGAUUCUUCUGUUUGCCUACCCAUUACCAUGUCUACCUGUUUUUUUUUAUUAUUAUUAAAUGUUUCAAUUUA